AUGGUCAAAUUCUUCUCUGUGGACUGGCUCGCUCAAAGCCACUACGGCAACGAGGCGCGGACUCAGCCUGAGGAAAGCGAAGAAGAUAAAACUUUUAAACCACACGUCCCCUGCAUGGUGCAACCGUCUGCUCCUUCGUACGGGAGAGGAUACCUGCAGCCAAAACCCAAAAUUGCAAAGCUUGUGGAUUCAGAGAUCUGCAGUGAGUCUGGCCUUUCCUCUCCCCGGUCAUCCUGCGCCUCGCCGAUUUCAGAAACAAGCGAGUAUUCCUCAGGCUACGAAAGCGAGGCGGCGUCUUCAGAGUUUUCAGCUUCGGAUGACGUCGGUGAAGUCGAGAAAGACGCACAGAACCAGCGCCGCGUACGCACCAAGUUCACCCCGGAGCAGAUCAACAAACUGGAGAAGAUCUUCCUCAAACACAAGUAUCUGGACGCGGGGGAGCGAGUCAAGACUGCUCAGAAGCUUAACCUCACAGAAACGCAGGUGAGGACGUGGUUCCAGAACAGGCGUAUGAAGCUCAAACGGGAGGUCCAGGACUAUCUCACCCCUCAGGUCCCACCCAUGCUCCUUCACGCGUUCCCCCCGGCGCUGCAGUACCAGAGGCCGCACUUCGCUCACCCGUACACGGCCACGCCCUCUCCGGCCCCGGGCUUCUACCCUCUGCCCGUCCCCCGCCUGCAGCAGCAGCACCACCACCACCACCACCAGCCAAUGAUGAUCCAACACCCACACUUCUACUGA